UUUUUUUUUUUUCCUUUUCCUUUUCCUUUACUUCUUCUUUUUUUCUUUCUUUAUUCAACGUUAUUUACUUUGUUCUUCUACUUAGACUAUUAUCAUUCAAAACAAAUUCCUAUUUUUCUAGUUGGUUUGGAACCCGACGAUUGGUCAUUAUCUCGACAACAACAAGUGGAUUUUACUAUAGGCGAACAUCUUUCUCAGCUCUUCUCUAUCCCUUUUUACGAAAUCAAUAUCAAUAAUACUCUGAAUAUUCAACAAAUGUUUAUCAACUUGAUAAGACAAUGUAUUAAACCACUUUCUGAAUCAUCAAUAAAGAAAGAAUCUCCUCCAUUUAAUGAUUCUCUCAUGACAACUAAUGAUUUAGAUCCUUUGCCUACUUUGAAUCAUCUUCCUUUGGUUGGAUUCGUAUAUGCUCCGACAACAGCACAUGACAACUCUUCUACUCAUUGGUCUCCUCAAAAUUCCUUACAAACUUCAAGUAAACCGUCAUCCGAUAAUAUUACCAAUUUCCGUAGAGGUUCAAAGGAUAGCAGUGAUUCCUUUAGUUCUGGUUUAACUGUGGACGCUAUUAUUGAUCGUUUGAUCACUCCUGAUGUUGGACGUAAUGAUGAACAAAUUAUCCCUAUCUUUAUGAUCUUUUUCCGGAAAUUCAUGAAGCCCUCCGAACUAGUUUAUGCAUUGAUUGAAAGAUUUGAAAAUGAUCUGUGCAGAUUGUUAUUGCCAACUCGUCAACAAGAAAGGAUUGCCCAGAUAUUUGCUAUUUGGAUGACAGACUACUGGUCUGAUUUUAUUCAUUCUAAAACAAGGAAUCAAAUGUAUCUUUUUCUUGAUCGCAUUUCAGCAAUGGAAUUAUCCUCUUUACAACCUAUUUUAGACAUUCUACGACCGCUUUCUUUACAAUCUCCACCUGAUGAUGAUCUUGACAACUUUUGGGGAAAGACUGAUGACGAUGAUGAUGACGAUGAUGCAAUAGAUAUCAUUCAUAACAAGAAAAAGGAUAGUGGUUAUAUGUCCUUGCACUUUGGUAAUCAAUAUCGGCCUCAUUAUGCAGAACUUUUGGACGAACUCUAUUGGAAACAACUCAGCUCAACCAUUGAUGAAACAAGUCCUUCGGUUUAUGCAUCAUGCUCUACCCCAACUUCCUCACAACGCUCCUCCAUCUCUUCUUUGACAACAACUCCUCCUAAAUCAUCGAUGUCCGCCUCCGUAUCAAAAUUAUCAACAACACUUUCAACCCCUCAAUUUGUUUCGGAAACAAUAUCUACCAAAUCAUCGCCACUCGCAUCUCCCAACAAAACACAUCAUACCUCCUUGGCCCCUUCACUAUCUACUUGCUCUGGAUCUCCAACACAUGCACUGACUAUGGGUGACAACAAAUCAUCAUACCAAAACAAGUCAAUCCAUCUGAAUACUAAAGGGAAAGCUACGACUAAAAUUUCAUCUUCAGCUACAACAAAAUUGACUCGACCUGAGUUUGCUGGUGGUCUCAUUUCAAUGGAUUCAUUCAGUAGAUCAUCAUCAAUAGCAUCUACAUCAAGGUCUCCUAUCCGGCGGAACAUGAAAUCAUAUACUCCCCCUCCUCAUUCAAUGACUCCUGUUAUACCCAACACUCCUAUUCCUUCACUGGCAACGCUAUAUUCUCUCUCUGAAAGAAGUUUACCUACUCCAACAAUCAAGUCUCCUUCUUAUGUGGCCAUCGGAUCCCUUGGUAACAACAAUAGUAAAUUACACAAAACCUACAAAUGGAAGAAUGGUACAAUGUGUUCUACAAAUUAUUCAUCACAAAUGGCCAACGAUGUAUCGGUGAAAGACUACACCAAAAUGUUUUUCUCUUUAUCGGAUCAAGAAAUUGCUGAACAACUGACAUGGAUUGAAGGGGAACUAUUUGCAAACAUCAAGUCUAGGGAAUUUGUACGUAUGAUAUGGGCUAAUAAUGAUAUCAAACAGCAUCAACAUCGACGACAGUCUAUGGCAUCCUCAACAUCAGAUGAAUCACAAAGUGACCCUUCCUAUUUGGAUAAAAACGAGAAACAAACAACAGCAACAAGAACGAAAAGCGAUUUGUUGGCCUCCAUAUCUCACUUCAAUUUUAUCUCUGCUUGGGUGAUCAGCAUGAUGGUGUCACAACCUAAAUUUGGUAAACGUGUAGCCAUCCUCGAAAAAUUUAUGUCCAUUGCAGUGGUACUACGAGAUCUCAACAAUUAUAAUACUCUGAUGGCAAUUCUUGCCGGUGUCAACAAUGCUGCCAUUCUACGAAUGAAACACACUCAAGUCGCAAUCAAGAAGAAAAAAGCAUUCAAACGGUUCCAGAGUUUGGAAAAAUUAAUGAGCUCUGACAGAUCCUAUUGCUCUUAUCGUAUGGCGCUGAAAGCAUCUACUGACGGUCCAUGUAUACCCUACUUAGGUAUCCACAGUCAAGAUUUGAUUGCCUUGACUGAAGCGAAUAAAGAUAUGAAAACGGAUGGUACUAUACAUUGGGAAAAAUUUCGUCUGAUGGGUGACUGUAUUAUGACAAUCCUCAAAUUACAACAACCAAGACAUAACAUCAAGCCCAAUGAAAUGAUUCUGUCAUGGAUAGCUGAUUGCAAGAUAGCAUCUGAAGAGGACCAAUACGUACAAUCUAUACAAAUUGAACCCCGUUUGAAGACAUCAAGUAUGACACGUUUACGUGAACUCUGGUCUCGAAAAUAAUCUGUACCUUUUACCAAAAAUAAUUGAUUCCCUAAUCCCCCCUCUCCCUUAGUCCACUAUUUUUUUUUUUAAUCGUUUUUUUUUUAUUUCUUUUUUCUCCUUAUUGUAUAUUCAACUCCAAACCCUAUUCCCUUAUUCAUAUCUCUAUUCUACGUGACAUAUCAAAACACAUAUCCUAGUAUACAAAAAGCAUAUAUUUUUAUUUCAUUCUUCUAUGUACCAAAAAGAAAACUUUAGUCAAUUAACAAAC